UAGCCAACUUUAUAAAAUAGAUUUGUGGAACUACUUUUAUACGAACUUUGGUAUGUGAUGAAAAAUAUACUCAUGUUUAUGGUCCAAUAGAUAAUUUGUUUUUAAGAUUACAAGUUAUUUUACAGCUUUAAACUGUUAAAACUAGAAUUAUAUCUGGAUAUAUUUGCUAUAGAUAUUAUGUCAUAUCUGUACGUGUGUAUACCGGUACGUAGCUGUUAGAACACUUGAUACAAAUUAUUUUUUUAAUAGCUAUAUGUAUUAACGAAUGAAAAGACAAAAUAUUAUGAAGUUUUAAUAUUGUAUUGUCUAUGAUGUCCCAUAUUGAGUCAUGUACAUUAAUUGUGUGAGCAUUUUAACAUGUGAAUUAUGUACAUAAUGUUAAUGUAUGAGACACUUCAAAAAAUAUAUCUAAACUUAAAUUUGCUUUAAUCUUGGCCCCUGGUAGGUUAGGCGAUUAAAGGAAAGUUUGACAAUGAUCAAAAAUUACAUAGAAAAUGAAAAAAAAACUAAUAAACUGUUUAUUUGGUUCAUUAUAUUUAUGAAUUAUAAAGGGCAAUAUUGGGUAUUGAAGAUUCAAGUUUAUUCAAUACAUGACCAUGGCCUAAGAAAGAUAUGACUGCCACAACAAUUAGAGUACAAUAGUUUCACCUAGGCAUGGGAAAAGAACUCUUUAAGCAUAUGAGGAAAAGAGAAUAUCCUUGUGUUUGCUGUAAGAAACGAACAAACCAGAGAGAUCGACGUACUGUGACAGCUGCACAACGACUAGUUCUCCAGAAGUGGACUGUAGGCGAUGUGUCUGAGGAUGAAGUGUUGUGUAGUUUGUGUCGAGUGAAGGUACAUUCUCAUCUUAAGCGGAGGAAAAGUGAACAACAAAACUUGGAGCAUGAGUUAAGAGACACAGCUCCCUUCUCUCCUCCAGAGAGGAAGCAAAUUAAUGCUAGGAAUGCUGCCAUUCACAGUCCUCCAUCAGUAACCCUGACAGUGCCCUCCACAUCUUCCAGUCAUUCCAGCUGCUUCAUCUGCAGAAAACCUGGGCCAAAGUUGGUUGUGGUGUCAUCAAAUGAACGUCACUCUGUUUUUUUACAACAAGGAGUAUUGAUUCCGCCAGGUUCAAGAUGCUGCACACGUCAUCUCCCCAAUGGAAGAUUCACUGAAGAGGCACUAGAAAAAAUUUCCUCAUUUUCAGAAACAUCUACACUUAACAGGACAUCUAUUGUUGAUAUGCUUAUGUAUCUAAGGGAGAUUGCUCUGCUAAAUGGAGGGAAAAGAAUAGACUUUGAUGAUCCAAAUGCAUUGAGUGACCAAGAGUAUGUCAACCUCACUGGAAUAAAUAAAGUCUCCUUUGAUGAUCUGCUAUCAGCUGUAGAUGGAAAGGUAAAGAACACAUCCACUCGCAGUGUUAGAACCAGCCUUGGAAUUUUUCUUCUUAAGAUGAGAUGUGGUCUGUCCAAUGAAAUGCUGUCAACACUAUUAAAUGUUUCAAAGUCAAGCAUUCGUCGCGCCAUCUCGGUAGUGAGGAGAACACUGAUGGAGACAUUUGUACCAAACAAUGUUGGGUUUCAGCACAUCUCCAGAGAGGAUGUUAUAAAUAAGCAUACCAGGCCAUUAGCAGAGUCUCUUUUUGGUGGUACUGGCACCCAAGCCAUUCUUGUUUUAGACGGCACAUACAUUUAUAUACAAAAAAGUAUGAACUUUGCCUUUCAAAGGAAAUCAUAUAGCAUGCAUAAGGGUCGUCCAUUGGUGAAGCCAAUGAUUGUUGUAACAACUAGUGGCUAUUACCUCUCUGUCCUUGGACCAUAUGUAGCGAAGAACAAUGAUGCUGCAAUCUUGAGCCACAUCAUGAAGACUAACAAAGAAGAUGUGUUGAAGUGGAUCGAAGAGAGAGAUGUGUUUGUUGUAGACAGAGGCUUUCGGGAUUCCUUGACAUUACUUGAAGACCUUGGAUUAGUAUCUGCCAUGCCUGCAUUUAUGAAGAAAGGUGAAAAGCAAAUGUCAACAGCAGAUGCAAAUACAAGCCGUUUAGUGACCAAGAUACGCUGGGUGGUAGAAUCUGCUAAUGCAAGGAUAAAGAGGUGGAAGUUUUUUGACCGUGUCCUUCCUUCGUCCCAGGUGCCGUUCAUUAGUGACUUCAUCAAGAUUGUGUGUGGAAUAUCAAACAAGUACUUUCCACCUUUGUCAACUGGUUGCACUGAGGAAGACUCUCUUGUAGCAGCUAAGAUGCAGUACCUGUCCAGACAAAUCAAUCAACUAAAAGAGGAAGUAGAAGAAAGGAAACUGGAUACCCGCUCAGCGAUCUGGAAACACCCUGACGAGCUUCAGGAUUUUCCUCGUCUUGAUGAAGAUCAACUUCGAGAGCUGACCUGUGGCACAUAUCAAGUGAAGCUUGCUAGUAGUUAUGCAGAGGAACACUUUGGGAAUGGAUGUGAUAUCAUGGUUCAUAAAGAAGACCCGUCCUUGAUAAGAGUCAGGAUUAGGAGCCGGCAUAUUUCCUCAAAGUCUUACCUUCUUUGGAUACGAUAUGAUGAGGGAAGCGUGAUUGGAUGGUAUUGUAGAUGUCGUGCUGGGGCAAGAGUAGUGGGUAUGUGUGCCCACAUUGCCGCAGUUUUAUGGUAUAUUGGUUUAGGACGUGACAUGGAGUCCUUAAGAUCUGUAAGGGACUGGAGCAAGUUCAUUGAUGAUGCAGCUGUUAUUCCAGAUGCAAUUGAUGAGUCAGAAUCAGAGGAUGAUUCCUCAGAGUGCUUGAAUGAACAAUAGACUGCCUGUUCUUCAUAGAUAUAAAUGUGUACCAUACAUGUAUAUACAUGCUACCUGCAUUGCCAAUUGCCUCAAUUUUUAUUAUGAUCUAUUCAGUUAUUGUUAUAAUAUUCUGCAGUCUAUUUUGUUUAAGUAGACUGAAUUAAUAUUAACCUUAAUUCAUUUAGGGAAGCGGAUUUACAUGAAAACUUUUGUGUGAGUUUAAUGUUGGAUGCAUGCAGAAAUAAUCUGCCCCAGAUGUAAACAACAGUUUUUUUUCAAGUAAAUUAGCUAGUGUGGUUUUAUGUCAAAGGUGGAAAUUGGCCAACCAUAUGUAUAGAUAUGCUAUAAGUUUAAUCAAUGUCAAUUAAUUUUUUUUGUGUAAUUCAUGUACUCAAAAUAUCUGAUGCAGUUACCCAGUACAUGUAUUUAAAUUGGAAUUGCACUAAUUAUGGUAUUACUCUUGAAAGUAAACUGUUUAAUUACCAAAUUAAUUUUGUUAACAUUCUGACAGUUUGUUAUUGUCAUUUUUCAUAGAGGUCUGAUUUUUUUUUCAAUUAAUGUUAUGUGUGUUACAGAGAAAAAAAUUGUAGGAGUAUAAACUUUCUUUGUAGUUUUUCUUUAAACACGCACAUUUCAACUAAAUAAUUUAUUUGUACAGUGGUAAUUUUCUUUAUACACUGUAUAUUGUUUAAUCCUCAGUUUUAUGCAUAAAAUAAUUAUUUCAUCCCCCCAAGGUUGUUUCCUCAUAGUAGUUUUGCUAGACAAUGAAGAAAUCGAAUAAUAUGAAUUUAUUUAGACUUUUUAAAAUUCAACAAGACAGCUUUUUUGUAAGCAUGUUAAUUAAAUUAUUUUACAAUUGGUUAGAAAUUACAAAUGAUUUGAUCAUCUUUAUUGAAUAUGUUUUUGGGGAGAUGAAGCAUGUUUAAUUUUAUUUAUCUUUGCUAUCACCAUGAUCACUUAUUUUGUAGUGAUAUGUGCCAGUUUACUCAGAAUUGUACCUUAAAAGGUACAUUGGAUAUGUUACAUGCGCUGAGAAAAUUAAACACUUCAUAGGGCCUAGCCUUUCAUUUUCAUUCCGCACUUUGUUGGAAAUAUUUAAAGGAUAAUCACUUUUAGAUUUCAUGGAUUAUUUUGUUAUAUUACAUUGUUGACUUCAGAGCAACAUAUACAUGUAGACCGACUGUUUGUCCAUUUGUCUAUCAAACCUCAUAUCUUGACCAGAGGUACGAAUUUCAUAUUUAUUUGGCUCAUGUAUCGCAUUGAAAAAAAGACUGUAUACAGUAUAAUAUAUAUUAAACUUUAAAAUGCUUUUUGGCAUAGGUACUGGUUUUGCUUUUGAGCAUGUUCAAAAAAACAUAUAGGCAUGUAAAUAUAUUGUCUGUCUGAUCUUGAUUUGGGCUUAUUUGAAAUAAAAGUACUUAAAAUCAUUGAUAUA